AUGUAUGGAGAUGGAGAGAUAAAUUACAGCGACAACAGGUUCGCCAAGACUGGCUUGAGAGCGAAAAAGAGAGACUCGUCGACCAAAGGGUGCGGAGGUGCCCACCGGAGCUUGUGGCUCCAGCGAAGCCCACUCCCUGACAUAGACAGCCAAGAAGGUCUUCGUUUUCAAGUUCCUUUCAUGGUGAUGUACCGUCGUGAUCCAUCAAUGGAAGGAAAAGAUCCAGUUGGAGUCAUCGGGAAGGCACUGGCAGAAACACUGGUGUUUUACUACCCAUUAGCCGGAAGGAUCAGGGAAGGAAGUGAUCGUAAGCUCAUCGUGAAUUGCACGGCAGAAGGCGUCCUGUUCAUUGAAGCAGACGCAGAUGUCAGAAUUGAUCAGUUCGGUGAUGUUCUUCAUCCUCCAUUCCCCUGCUUCCAUGAGCUCCUUUACCAAGUUCCUGGUUCACAAGGAAUAACUAACUCUCCCCUCCUACUUAUACAGGUGACGAGGCUUAAGUGUGGAGGUUUUAUCUUGGCCAUCCGGCUGAACCAUGCCGUGACCGACGCACCUGGGCUUCUUCAAUUCUUGAAGGCAUUGUCUGUAAUAGCCAAGGGAUCUUCUCAGCCUUCCAUUAUACCAGUAUGGCACAGAGAGCUUUUGACUGCCAGAAACCCACCACGGGUCACCCGCAACCACCAUGAAUAUGACGACCCAUUGCCCUAUAUCAACCAGCUGCAUCCCAUCUUCAUGUCAGUGCCUCCACAAGACAUAGUUCAGCGUUCCUUCUUCGUUAGGCCUUCCCAAAUCGUCGCUCUCCGCCGCCAACUUCCGAACCAUCUGGCGCAAUCCCCCACUUUUGACGUCCUCGCAGCUUGCCUAUGGCGCUGCCGUACCAUAGCACUGCGGCCACCGCCGGAAGCAGAAGUUCUCCUGAUGUCAAUCGUGGGAGUACGUUCCUUGUUGAAGCCUCAGCUGCCAGUAGGUUACUACGGCAACGGCUUCGUGUAUCCGGCCGCUGUCAGCGCGGCCGGAAAGCUCAUGGACAACCAUUUUGGGUAUGCUCUAGGACUGAUCAGAAAGGAGAAAGCUGCAGUAGACGAGGAGCAUGUUCAGUCACUGUUAGACCUCACGGUGGCGAAGGGACGGCCCCACCAUACGACGGUGAGGUCGUUCAUGGUGAUGGAUAUGACACGUGCUGGGUUCGGAGAUGUGGAUGUAGGGUGGGGCAAAGCCGUUUAUGGUGGGCUAGCCUACGGUUUGUCCAGCAUUGUUCCAGAGAUAACAAGUAACUUUAUGCCAUCUAGGAACAGUAAGGGAGAGAGAUUCAUUGGGAUGCCAAUUAGCUUGCCUGCUCAAGCCAUGGAGGCGUUUGCAAGAGAGUUGAGUGAGAUGCUUAGUGGUGAAGAAGAUCCUUCAAUAAGUGCUUCCAGAAUGAAGUCUUCCAUCUAG